AUGGCGGGCGCAUCCAAGCCCGCAGAGAAGAAGCAGUCGUCUCUGACCAGCUUCUUCACCCCGAAGACCGUCAAUGGCCUGUCGGCCGCAUUUCACCAGUCGCAGCACAGCCCGUCAUCGCCAUCGCCUGCCGAGACCACCCGGAAACGACCCCUGGAAGAAGACCCCGACAUCGCAAACAACCGCCCGCAUCGGUCCGCCAAACGCACCAAACCAGCCGAUUCUGUCGAUGUCGAGCAGAGCGGCUUCUUUCCGAAGGAUGACGCCCAGACAUCCCACUCGCCCGCUCCGAGGCCGAGCGCCAGGACAGAGCGCUACGUCUACAAUGACAGCCAUCCCGAUGCCGGCGAAGCCAUGUUUGUUGACGGCGAUGACGACGAGGAUGCCGCGACAAAGAAGCGCAAGGCAGAGCUACACAAAAAGUUUGUCAAGAAGCUCGGCCACCCCGAUAGCAUGUCCCGUUUGAGGAGCCGCGAUACAGACGAGGGCAACGGGGCCGAUGGAGAGGACGCCGACGAUGCGGAUGCUGCCGAGGACGAUGAGCCACCGGCACCGGCCAAGUCGAAGAAGAAAGGAUCCAAGACCGGCAAGCUCACGCCCAUGGAGCUGCAAUUCCUAGACAUCAAGAGAAAGCACAUGGACACCAUCCUGAUCGUUGAAGUUGGGUACAAGUUCCGCUUCUUUGGCGAAGAUGCCCGCAUCGCCGCCAAAGAGCUGAGCAUUGUUUGCAUUCCCGGAAAGAUGAGAUACGACGAGCACCCUUCCGAGGCCCAUCUAGACCGCUUUGCAUCGGCCAGCAUCCCCGUGCACCGGCUCCCAGUCCACGCAAAGAGGCUCGUCGCUGCCGGCCACAAGGUGGGCGUGGUCCGCCAGCUCGAGACGGCCGCCCUCAAGAAGGCCGGAGACAACAGGAACGCGCCCUUUGUCCGCAAGCUCACCAAUGUCUACACCAAAGGCACCUACAUUGAUGAACUCGGCGAGCUUGACCAGGGCAGUGACCAGUCGGGCGCGCCGGCUGGUGGCUACCUCUUGUGCAUUACCGAAUCCAAGGCCAAAGGUUGGGGCACCGACGAGAAGGUCGAUGUCGGCAUCCUGGCCGUUCAGCCGGCUACGGGAGACAUCAUAUACGACAACUUUGAGGACGGCUUCAUGAGGAGCGAGAUCGAGACCCGCCUGCUGCACAUCUCACCGUGCGAGCUCCUGAUCGUCGGCGAGUUGACCAAGGCAAGCGAGAAGCUCGUGCAGCAUCUUUCCGGCAGCGCGACGAACGUCUUUGGCGACCGGACGCGUGUCGAGCGUGUGGCCAAGGGCAAGACCAUGGCCGCCGAAGCCUACUCCCACGUCACGCAGUUCUACGCCGGCAAGCUCAAGGACAGCUCCCAAGAUGACAAGGCGGCAGCGCUUCUGGACAAGGUCCUCAAGCUCCCGGAGCCCGUUACCGUGUGCCUGUCGGCCAUGAUCACGCACCUGACCGAGUACGGUCUAGAGCACAUCUUUGACCUGACAAAGUACUUCCAGUCCUUCAGCACCCGCCAGCACAUGCUGCUCAGCGGCACCACGCUCGAGAGCCUCGAGGUGUACCGGAACCAGACGGACCACUCGGAGAAGGGCAGUCUGCUCUGGGCGCUCGACAAGACGCAGACUCGGUUCGGGCAACGGCUCCUCAAGAAGUGGAUAGGCCGGCCGCUCCUCGAUAGGGAGCGCCUCGAGGAACGUGUGGCCGCGGUCGCGGAGCUCCUCGAGAACCAGUCCACCGCCAAGGUGGACAAGAUUGAGCAGCUGCUCGUCAAGACCAGAACGGACCUGGAACGCAGCCUCAUCCGCAUCUACUACGGCAAGUGCACACGCCCCGAGCUCCUCGCUGUGCUUCAGACGCUGCAGACUAUCGCCACCGAGUAUGCCGCGGUCAAGUCGCCCGCCGACACGGGCUUCCAGUCUCCGCUGAUCGGCGAGGCCAUCGCCUCCCUGCCGGCCAUCCUCGACAUCGUCGUGUCCUUCCUCGACAAGAUCAGCACCGAUGCGGCCCGUAAGAACGACAAGUACGCCUUCUUCCGGGAGGCGGAGGAGACCGAGGACAUUACUAACCAUAAGCUCGGCAUCGCCGCCGUCGAGCAGGAGCUGGACGAGCACCGCGCGGCCGCCGCCUCCAAGCUGUCGAGGAAGAAGCCCGUCGACUACGUCACGGUCGCCGGCAUAGAGUACCUCGUCGAGGUCUCCAACGCGGAUCUCAAGCACGUGCCGGCCUCGUGGGCCAAGAUCAGCGGCACCAAGAAGGUCUCGCGCUUCCACACGCCCGAGGUCGUCCGGCUCAUCAGCGAGCGCGACCAGCACAAGGAGGCCCUGGCCGCCGCCUGCGACGCCGCCUUUGCGGACCUGCUCCGGGCCGUCGCCGCCGAGUACCAGCCCCUGCGCGACGCCGUCGCCUCCCUCGCCACGCUCGACUGCCUGCUCUCGCUGUCUCGCGUCGCCGCCCUGCCGGGCUACACGCGCCCGACCAUCCUGCCCUCGUCCGAGCCGCCCACCAUCUCCAUCACCGGCGGCCGCCACCCCGUCGCCGAGCACACCCUGCCGACGGGCUACAUCCCCUUCUCGACCUCCCUCAGCUCCCCGGCCCCGCUGGCCCACCUCGUCACGGGGCCCAACAUGGGCGGCAAGUCGUCCUUCGUCCGCGCCGUCGCCCUCCUCACCCUGCUCGCGCAGGUCGGCUCCUUCGUGCCCGCGACGGCCAUGGCCCUGACCCUCGCCGACGCCAUCCACACGCGCAUGGGCGCCCGCGACAACCUCUUCGCCGGCGAGUCGACCUUCAUGGUCGAGGUGUCCGAGACGGCCGCCAUCCUGCGCUCCGCCACGCCGCGCAGCCUCGUCGUCCUCGACGAGCUCGGCCGCGGCACCAGCACCCACGACGGCGCCGCCAUCGCCCACGCCGUCCUCGACCACGUCGCCCGCCACACGCGCUGCCUGACCCUCUUCAUCACCCACUACCAGAACCUGGCCCGCGUCGCCGAGGGGCUCGGCGCCGGCCUCGUCAAGAACGUCCACAUGCGCUUCCGGGCCUCGAGGGCCGGGGGCCGGGGGCGCCAAGCAGCGGAUGGCCGAGACAGCGGCGGAGACGAAGAAGAAGACGUGGAUCACGACGGUGACGACGACGACGACGAGGAGGAGGAGAUCACUUUUCUGUACGAGGUCGGCGAAGGCGUGGCGCACAGGUCCUACGGCCUCAACGUGGCCCGCCUGGCGAGGAUACCCAAAAAGGUUAUCGAGGUGGCGAGGCACAAGUCUCGCGAACUAGAGGACGAAGUCAAGAUGCGCAGGCUUCGUGGUGCAGCCAGGCUCAUGUCCGACGUGCUAGGUGACGGUCCAGACCAACUCGACCAUCUGAUAUCCAGCAUCGAGCAACUGUAA